GCUUCGUACAUCACAGCAUCAAUUCCUCCCAUUAGCCACGCCGGCAUCUGUGAUGUGAUACAGGAGUGGCGAUGAUCCAAACAAGGCCGUUCUUACGGUCAAUAUGGCAAUCCAGCCAACGCCGUACCACCCUCCGUAACCCACGCCUCUACUCCACCGUCACCAUCGAAGUCACAUCCCCUUCCCAACCCCCAACCAUCACCCUCACCCCCAAAUACCCUCCCACCCCUCCCACCGCCUCCGCCUCCAACUCCGAGACCGCCCGCCGCGUCGCCCUCAAAAAAGGCGGCGCCGCCGCCAUCCUCCGCACCUACACACCGCGCACCCCCGGCAUCCGCCAUCUCCGCCGCCCCGUCAACGACCACCUCUGGAAAGGCCGCCCCUACUACCCCCUUACCGUCCCGAAGAAGGGCCACGGCAAAGGCGGCCGCAACAACACCGGCCACGUCACCGUGCGCCAUCGCGGCGGCGGCCACAAGCGCCGCAUCCGCCUCCUCGACUUCAAGCGCAUGGACGCCGGCCCGCGCCUCGUCGAGCGCAUCGAGUACGACCCGAACCGUAGUGCGCACAUUGCGCUGCUCAGCCAAGAGGCGGACGAGGGGAAGAAGGCAUUCAGCUACGUCAUCGCGGCGGAGGGCAUGCGCGCCGGCGACGUGGUGGAGAGCUUCCGGGCGGGAAUCCCGCAGCGGCUGAUCGACGAAAUGGGCGGGGUGGCGGACCCGGGGAUGCUGGCGGCGAAGACAGCGAUCCGCGGGAACUGCCUGCCGAUGCACCUGGUGCCGGUGGGGACGAAGGUGUACUGCGUAGGGUCGGCGGCAGAUCGGGGCGCGGUGUUUUGUAGGAGCGCGGGGACGUAUGCGACGGUGAUUGCGAAGGGGGAGGAGGGGACGAAGGAGGAGAGGACGGUGGUGGUGAGGUUGCAGUCGGGAGAGGUGAGGAGGGUGAGUCGGAAUGCAUGCGCGACCAUCGGGGUGUCGAGUAAUCCGCAUUGGCAUUUCAGGCAGUUGGGGAAGGCAGGGAGAGCGCGAUGGUUGGGAAUUCGGCCGACGGUCAGAGGUGUUGCGAUGAACGCUGGUAUGUCAUAUCGUCUCUUCGUCUCAUCAGAUCCUUCCGAUCACUUUGUCUCGAUUGAGGUAUACUGAUUGUUUACAUAGCCGAUCAUCCUCACGGUGGUGGUCGUGGCAAGUCGAAGGGUAACAAGAUUCCCACGAGUCCAUGGGGUCAACAGGUACGUGUCAAUCCCGUCUACUUUCCCAUCCACAUUCUCACCGUCUACAGGCCAAAUCCGGAUUCAAGACUCGCAAGAAGCGAAACGUCAACAAGUGGGUCGUCCAUGCUCGGCAUCGGAACCAAGGCAAGCGACGGGCCAAGUCCGCAUCAUAAGGAUUGGAUCUCCGUGCACUUCCUGGUGUUGGCUUUCGUAUCAUGGGCGUCGAAUAUCUACCUUGUACUUAGCGACCCUCGCAUCUUGUCGAACUAGAAGCGUGCUGUACAAUAGUCAAAGGCAUCAAGCCUGCGGUUGAAUGCUGCGUGUACAUUAGAAUGAGGAAUUGGCAUAUCAAUCAAACCAGCACAACUUUGGCAUGUAACAAGCAUUCAAAGGACCAACGUCAUCGCUGC